GUGGCAAGUCGAGUCAACCAAAACUCUUCAACGGUCUACCGUCUACUAUGGUAAGUAGGCUCGGACAUAACAACACAGUAAUACCCACCACCGACGACCUAGUCUAGCUUAAUCUGAAAGCGGAAGCCCCUACGGUACUUGCGUGGGCAUCGUUGAGAUUUGGGCCUGCGAUGCCAUGCGAUUCAGUGCCCCUGGCUUGCAGCUCCCCAAGUCUCCACUGUGACUGUAGCGUCGGACGAAGAAGUCCUUGGUCUCGGCUAUAGCUUGUUAUCCGAUCGAGGUGUAAUGAUAAUUUUCUGUGAUGACUUUUUGAUCAUGGGUAGAGGGAGCCUACAAAACCAAUCGAUACCCCUCCUCUAUGCCAUGUAGAUAGACUGUCAUCCGUGUCAGCUAUAUUUACUAUAUGCCCCGCUGCCAAGUCAAGUAGACAGCUGCUUGUGGCACAUUCCAUAGAACUGUUUGAGCCGAGUAUAGCCAUGGUGCUGGAGGACGAGAAAGCGGCAGAUCUCGAGCGAGGCGCUGGCCUCGCACAUGCCGAAGAAAAACCCGCUACGCCGACUUCAACCAACGAUGACCUCAACGCCACGGGUCGCGAUGCUGAAAAGCCUGCAGAGGGUCUUGACGGCACUCCAAAAGAGGUGAAGGCAGUGGAGCAGGAUGGCGCGACGACAACACAGCCGACGGAUGCCGAUGAUUUACCAAACGGGGGACGCUCGGGGCUGGAGAUGACCGUGAUCAUGGUUGCGCUCUGUACGGCGCUCUUCCUCGCGGCUCUGGAUAUCACUAUUAUCACCACAGCGCUGCCUACCAUUGUCGGCGAGUUCAACUCGUCUUCCGGGUACACCUGGAUUGGCGCAGCCUAUACCCUUGCGAGCUCGGCGACGGUACCGAGUUGGGGGAAGGUCAGCGACAUCUGGGGGCGCAAACCCGUGCUGCUGGUCGCAGUCGGCAUAUUCUGGAUUGGGUCGUUAAUCGCAGCCCUCAGCAAGAGCAUUGGCCAAUUGAUUGCCGCCCGAGCCAUCCAGGGAGCUGGAGGCGGUGGAAUUGUUGUGCUUAUCAACAUCGCGGUCAGCGAUCUCGUCUCAGUCCGCCAGAGAGGCCAGUACUACGGAAUCUUCGGCGCCGUGUGGGCGCUGGCCUCGGCUAUUGGGCCAAUUCUAGGUGGCGUUUUCACUUCCAAGGUUACUUGGAGAUGGUGCUUCUGGAUAAAUUUACCGUUUAGUGGCCUUGGAUUCGUGAUUUUGUUUUUUGUUCUCAAGUUGCAUAACCCCAGGACACCAGUUCGCCAGGGCUUAGCUGCUAUCGAUUGGCUGGGCAGUGUGUUGAUCAUCGGUGCUACGCUGCAGCUACUCUUCGGUCUCGAGUUCGGAGGAGUUACGUACCCCUGGAAAUCUGUCCCUGUCAUCGCCUUGAUCGUAUUCAGUAUCGUCACCUUUGGCGUAGCGAUCUUAGUCGAGAAGUAUGUUGCCGAGUACCCCGUGAUACCUCUGAGGCUUUUCAAGAGUCGCCGAAAUCUGGCGGCCUUCGCCAUAUGUUUCGUGCACGGUUUAGUAUUCAUUUCGGGGUCGUACUAUCUCCCGCUGUACUUCCAGGCCGUGGUCGGAGCCUCAUCUCUCUUAUCCGGCGCCUACUCGUUGGCUUACGCUCUCUCGUUAUCUUUCAUCUCUACGGGCACUGGAAUAUGGAUGAAGAAUACUGGUCAAUAUCUCCCGCCUAUCGUUUUUGGCAUGCUAUUCCUAACUCUGGGUUUCGGGCUCUUCAUUGAUCUCGGUUCCCAUGUAAACUGGGCCAAGCUUGUUAUUUACCAAAUCGUGGCAGGUAUUGGCGUUGGGCCAAACUUCCAGUCCCCUCUCAUUGCGCUACACUCUGGUCUGGAGCCUCGAGAUAUCGCAGCUGGAACAAGCACAUUCCAGUUCAUACGCCAGCUUGGAACAUCGAUAUCAAUUGUGAUCGGUGGCGUCGUGAUCCAAAACGCCAUGGAGAAACAAUACCCAAGCUUAGUAGCUGAGCUUGGGCCAGAGCUGGCGGGUCAGCUCUCCGGCGGCAACGCAGCCGCGAAUGUAGGGCUGGUUGCGAGCCUCACGGGAGAGCAAGGAAGAGUGGCGCGGGACGCCUUCUGGAACAGCUUACGGGAAAUGUUCAUCGUUUUUACCGUCAUCUCAGCCGUUGGGCUGCUUGUCAGCCCGUUCGUUGGCCGAAGGAAGCUAAGCAAGCAGCAUACUGAGCAUAAGACCGGCCUACACAACCUGGCCAAAAGAGGAAACCAGGAAUCCCAAUCCGAACCCACGUCCGAAGGCGAGAAGUCCACCUAGAGAUAGAGAAGGCUUACACCCUGAUACACACAACAUUUCGUCGCCCAUAGAUAGAUAAUGCUGCAGUAAUUUGAUAAUUCUAGUACAUAUAUAACUAGUUAUAACUAUAAGUAUAUAGUUAGAAACAAAGCACUACAUAAUACCCGUAACCAGUACCCCAACAGAAUUCACCAGAUUGGCCAACUGUAGACCGAGCAUGUACGAAGUA